UUAUAAUCGAAUGAUGCAUGUUUAUUGAGUCAAUUGAAGUCUGAUCAACUUUUCCUGAUUUCUGCUGCAAUCUGAGAUAGAUAGAAUCUGAUUAGGUUGCUAGAGUCUCAUCAUUCGGUAGUAGGAGAUUGGCUAUAGGAGAGUUAGCCAGUUUACUGCUUUGUACUGGAAUCCAAUUCCAGUAGUGGAGUUCUGUGCUUAUUGCUUCAGCUUUCUAUCCCGGUGAAGACUAGUCGUCUGCCGGAUAGUUAGACUGAGAGGGCUUGGUCACUAUACUGCAGUCCCUUUCAUUGGUUACACUUGGCCAUUGUUAGGUGUUGUGUUUUGGAGCAUCAAAUUUUUGGCGCCGUUGCCGGGGACUUUCUAGAUUAUUAGGAAAGGCAGAAGUUUGUUACUUUAGCGUUUUUCUUUUCUUUUCCACCCUUGCUUUUCACUUGGGUGUUUUUUGUUUUUGUUGGUGCAGAUCUGAAUCAUGGAUCCUAAUGGCUUCUCCAAUCAUUGGGGGUAUCCACCACCAUCCGGGUGGUAUUACCCCGAGACUCCCUGGAGCAAUCAAGGAGGAGAAGACUAUGGAUUCGGGUUCCAGUACCAACCCCCUUUCUACGGAGAACAACCAGACCCCUGGGCAUAUCAAGAACAAUCUCCUUAUCAAGAAGAAUUCCUCCCACAACAAGAAGGGCCAUCGGAGCUGGAGUUACCCAUGGCGGCCUUCACGGGCCAUUCUGCAGAGCCAUGCUACACUCCACAGCCAGAUCCAAACUAUGAAUUGAGGCUUCUCGUGGAGCAGAUUGCUCGAGUACCUGAGAGAUCUUUUCCCGAGAUGGAUCCUCAUAUCCAGGCCAUUGCCCAAACUGACUUUUCAUUCCCCCGUGAAACAGAGGAUACCAUCCGGAGCAUAAAGAAGCACUUAGAGGUCAUUGAGAAAGCUUGUUCACAGUUUUCUCAAGACAACCUUUAUGCUGCCAUACAAGUAGAGGAGGAGGAAGAAAGAGGCAAUCAUGAGGAUGUUGAGGAGCAUACAGAAGUUGUCACAGAAAGCUCCCAUGAUAAUCAUGAUCAAGUGUAUCCUCUGGUGGUAGAUCAUAACUUUCACCAUUUCCGCUCUGACAUGCUGGGCUCGAGUGAGGAGAUGCAAGAAAAUCUCAUGAAAGAAAUUGCUUGGCAACUUGCUCUCCAAUCCGUGCUAGAAGAAGAAGAGCGAGAAAGGGUGCAGAAAGAAGUUGUGGAGGAUGAAGAAAGUGAAGCAGGAGGAGUUCUUGAUCUUUUCCCAGGGGUGAUACCACAUGAAGAAGAAAGGGAGGUUGAAGAAGCAAUUGGCGUCCAGGCUGAGGACGGAGUUAAGAUGGAAGAGGCCUGCACCGGCCAUGAGUUGCAAGUAAUAUCCCCACCAAACUUUGAGGAACUGCUUGGCAAGGACCCAUUUGCAGUGUCUCUUUGCCAGACCAAGGCCACAUCGACAUCGGUCCCUCUUGGUGGACGCGAUGGUGGCCAAUCGAUGCUUUCUUAUCUGGUUUGGGGCAAUGAGACGAGAGAAGAGAAGAAGAGGUCUCGAGGGUGGAGACUUCAUCUGCAUCAAGUACAUGAGCCUUCAUCACCUGCCACACCACAGGCUCGUGACUUGAGACUCCACCUCAUCGACGAGAACCUCAACUUCAAGGAGGUUCUAGCAUGGACCGAAACUUAGGAGCCAUCGUCCGGCUCACGACGUGAAAGAAGCGCUUGUUGGGAGGCAACCCAACCAGUCGGUUUGCAUUUCUUUCUUUUUUUCUCCUCGGUUGAGUCAGUUUUGUUAUUUGAUUUUAGAGUCAAUAACUCAACCUUUGUGAGAUUUUGUGUGGUGUUUGUGUUCUGAUUACUCUCUCUUUCUGGGAUGCACCGCCUGACCCGUUCAUCAUCAUUCACCCUUGAUCUGGUAACUUCGUUCUACCCUCCUUAUCUUUCCUCCAUUGAGGACAAUGUCGUGCUUAAGUGUGGGGGGGUGUUCGAUUAUUUAUGCGGGUGAAUGUUUGGUUGUUUGUGUGCUUGGAGCCUAGUCCAUUGUCCAAAUUUUGAAAUUUGAGGGCUCCAAGUACGUGUUCCUUGCAAUUGCCUGCUCAGUAUGCUUUGAAUUGACAGUCUUUAUAGUAAUAUGCAACCUAGGGAGGUAGUGCAGCACUAUGGAGGAUGUUGAUGCAUUUAAGAAGUCUCAUUGCUUCUUCAUAUUGUGUUGGUUGAUUGAGUGAAUUAGUGAUCUUAGGACCCUUGAAUUGUGUGGUGUUGUGGAUUCUCUACCUGUCAUGGACUCUUGUAUCAUGUUUUGAGUUUAACAGGUGCUCGAAAAUGUGCUUCAAAAUAACGUCUCCCGUGCGAAUAGGGCGAAAGUGUGUAAGGGGAGACGGGAAUUCGUUCCCAAUUUCCACCUACUACCUCCAGCCCCCUUACGUGUCUUUCCCCCGCACGAGGCUCGAGACAUCCGCUCCUGGCAUGGCCGGUAAGAGCAGGUUGGGACCCUUGAAAAAAAAAAAAAAUAAAAUAACAGAAAACAUGCAAAACAGGAAAGAAAAGGGGUUCCAACCAUCUUCAAGAAGAAAAUAGAGCACCUUGAAAAAUGUGAGUCCAUGAUCUUUUGUUUUUGAGAAUCUCUUCAUCCACAAUUCAUUUGUCCUCUGUUCACUAUUUGCCAUGAUGCCGACUCGAUACUAGUGCUCUCGCCGAAGAAGUUAUGAGAUGACUUGUGCGUCGGUUGACCUCGUAAGCUGCUAAUUGAUCUAGGAAGUCCUCUACCUACGAUCUGGGUUGUUUGUUGCUAUAGAGGUCUGGAGAGUUGCAUUGGUUUGAGUUAGGUUUGCUUGGGGACAAGCAAACAGUUAAGUGUGGGGGGAUUUGAUGACUCGGUAUUUGCACAUGUUUUCCCCUUUGUUUCUUGAUUGUUUGAGCUUGAAUUAUUGCGUCUUUGGCCUAUUUUAUGCUAGGUUGUGUUCCUUUGUCCCAUUUCAGGUCCUAGCACAUAAAGUGAAGCAUAGGCGCAAGUUUCAAGUCAAUCAGAGAUCAAUUGACGAUUCGAGAGAAGAAACUCGGGCAUGACCUGAAGAAGAAUGGAUUUCUACCUCACUUUAUGGACAAAGAAUCAUGCAAGCUUGUUAUGAAACGAAAGAGGACGAGACUACGAGCGUCUGGGAUCAAACGGCGAUUGAUUCGGAGUCCGGACGAGGGAGAAACGAAGCAUUAAACAGAGGCUGAGCAAGCUGCACGGGCAGACCAGCGUGGCCACGCACGGCCGUGCAAGUAACCAGUUUGGCCGUGCGGGAUUGUGCGUGGGCACGCACGGGAUUGUGCGUGGCCACGCACGGCCGUGCAACAUACAAUUCUGGCCGUGCGAGUUGGCUGAGGUUCAACUAAUUGAUACGCCGCGUUUUGAGGUGCACGGCCAGAAUGGUGAUGUGCACGGCCGUGCACCCUGGCCGUGCGAGUCGGGAUUUCCUGGUUUUAAGCCAAAUUCCGAACCAAAGAAGAGGGAGAGCUGGGUUUUGGAUCCCAAACACCCAAGGGACGAACCCUAGAGAGAGAGAGCGACUUGGGAACAUUCUUGGAGCUAUUUUGGAGGAUUUCUUCGCCAUUGAAGCUCGGGAAUCAAGCUUGGAGAUGGAG